UCAUCUGUACACCUGUCACCUCAACGCUGUUCCUCCACUCCACCACCCCGUCUUCCAAGAUCUUAUCUAGAGCCAGCCCAGGCCGUCACCCGCCUUUUCCUCCCCGAGCCCUGACUGUCUGACCUACAACUGCCCCACUCAGCCCUAGCCCCCUGUUCCCCCACCAAACUCCUUUGUUGGCUCUGCAGCUGUCCCCUUGGCCCUACUCAUCUUCGUCCCCCAAUUAUACCAAACCCCAGCCCAGACGCCCCUCCCCUGACCAGUGAGCCACCCCCUCGCCAGCUGUGCUCUGGCAUUCCUCGGGGUCAGUGCCCAGCCCACUGCUCGCUCAGCCUAGCCAUGUCCCUUCCUCCUUCAGCCCAGCCCUCACAUCCUCUCACCCUUUCCCAGAUGGCCCAACUUUCUCCCCCACAGGUGCCCUGGAGCAGCCAUGGAGUUGAGCAGCAAGAAGAAGCUACAUGCCCUAUCGCUGGCUGAGAAGAUCCAGGUGCUGGAACUCCUGGAUGAGUCCAAGAUGUCCCAGUCGGAGGUGGCCCGGCGCUUCCAGGUCUCCCAGCCGCAGAUCUCACGCAUCUGCAAGAAUAAGGAGAAGCUGCUGGCAGACUGGUGCAGCGGCACCGCCAACAGGGAGCGCAAGCGCAAGCGGGAGUCCAAGUACAGCAGCAUCGACGAGGCUCUGCUCUGCUGGUACCACAUUGCCCGGGCCAAGGCCUGGGACGUGACGGGGCCCAUGCUGCUCCACAAAGCCAAGGAGCUGGCCGACAUCAUGGGCCAGGAUUUCGUGCCCAGCAUCGGCUGGCUGGUCCGCUGGAAACGCCGAAACAAUGUGGGCUUUGGGGCCCGCCAUGUGCUCACACCUCCGUUUCCAGAGGAUGUUUUUGGCUAUGCUGAAGUGCCCUUGCUGUAUCGGGCAGUGCCCGGCACAGUGGGUACAGGUGAUCAAGUACAGGUGCUGCUGUGUGCCAACACCAGGGGCACAGAGAAGCGACGGGUACUGGUCACUGGGCUCCAAGCUGCACCAAGGUGCUUCUUUGGGGUCAGCAGUGAGGCUCUGCCUGCCUCCUACCACCCCGACCUGGGCAUCCCCUGGUCGGAGUGGUUGGCACAGUUUGACCGGGACAUGGGGAGGCAGGGCCGACAGGUAGCCUUGCUGCUGGCUGCCCAAGUAGCGGGGAAGUUGGCAGGCCUGUCUGGGCUCUGCCAUGUGAGGCUCCUGCCUCUUUCUACCGCUAGCACCACACGUUCCCUGCCCAACUCUGUGGUCCGGGCCUUUAAGGCCCAUUACCGGCACCGUCUGUUGGGCAAGCUGACAGCUGUCCAGAGCGAGAAGGCUGGCACAUCGCUAGCCGAGGCUGGGGCAGGCCUCACAGGGCGGGACACUCUGCACAUGGUGGCGGCUGCCUGGGCCAAGGUGCCUCCGCAGUCCAUUGUAAGCAGCUUCAUUCGGGAAGGGCUGGCUCCCUGCAAAAUGCCCCUGUCCCUGGACAAAGCCUCUGAGCUGCCACCCGUCCCCUGCGGCCUGAGCCUCGAGGAGUUCUCCCGCUUUGUGGACCUGGAGGGUGAGGAGCCCAUACCUGGCGUGUGCAAAGAGGAGGUGGACACGAAAGAUGAGGGGGCUGGUGAGGACAGCUUCGAGCCCCUGCCCACCAAAGCCGACGCGCUCCGGGCCCUGGGCACACUGAGGAGGUGGUUUGAGUGCCAUGGCACCUCCCCGCAGCUAUUUGAGAAGUUCUAUGCCUGUGAGGAGGAGGUCGAGCGGCUCUGCUGCCUGUAAAGGCCCCACUGCUCUCCGGAGCCCCUUCCUCUCCUGUUUCCCAUGGAAACGCCCUCGCAGCAGGCAGGUUGGAGGCUGGUCUGUUUCCCGUGGAAAUGGAGCUUUUGCGAAAGGUGUAGAAGGAAGACAAGUUGAGAGACCAAGUCUAAGCUCUGAACAAGUUAUCCAAGCCCAGAGAAGAGGGAUCCAGGGGGUGGGUGGCGUUAGGGGCGUGAAGAUAGGCUCCGUAGUUUCUGAACCUCUAGGGAGGCUGGGACUAGGGAAGGUAGAAUCUGGGCUUUACAGACAGGCUGACGCCUUGAACUCUCUGUGUUAAAAACAGUUCUGCUUCUGAAAAUAAAGUUUUUAAUGAGAAAA